UGGUUUCAAAACGAUCUGAUCUUUUGAGAUCAGAUUUCAAUUAGACGACCAGACUAGCUACCGGCAAUCAGUCUCCUUCGUUGAUAAAAAAAUGGAAGCGUCUCGUGCGGUUCUUGUUUUAUGUUUCGUAGUUGCAACAAUUGUCCCAUUGUCAAUGGCUGAAAAUCAAUGCACUGCUAUUGCCCUUAGAAGGCCACUUGGUAAGAAAAAACCCAAAUGUGUGGCCUACAACCCUAUCGACAAAUGUUGGAGGUGCGAUGCCAAUUGGGCUAAGAAUCGGAAAAGGCUUGCUGAUUGUGCCCAAGGGUUCGGCCACGAGGCCCACGGUGGCAAAAUGGGAAGAAUUUACGUCGUGACUGACUCAUCAGACAAAAAUGUAGUUAACCCUAAACCAGGUACACUUCGUCAUGCCAUCCUCCUACCCGAACCACUUUGGAUCAUUUUUUCACGUAAUAUGAUCAUCACUCUCAAGCAAGAGCUUAUCUUUACGUCUGACAAGACCAUUGAUGGUCGUGGGUUUGAAAUCCAUGUGGCCGGUGGGGCUGGUUUUAUGCUCCAAUUCGUACACAACAUCAUCAUCCAUGGUCUCCACAUGUAUGAUAUUUGUGAGAGGUCUGGUGGCAUGAUUAGGUCGAAACAUGAUCAUGUCGGCAUACGAGGAAGAAGUGAUGGUGAUGCUGUUUGCAUCUUUAAAUCCUCACAAGUUUGGAUUGACCAUUGCUCUUUUGCCAGCAGUUAUGAUGGUCUUAUUGAUAUCGUCGCAGCUUCCACCAACGUAACUAUUUCGAACUGUCACUUCGUCAGGCAUGACAAGGCUUUGCUUUUUGGCGCAAGCGAGAAGACACCGGAGGACAAGGUAAUGAAGGUGACAAUUGCUUACAACCACUUCGGAAAAGGAUUGACACAGCGGUUGCCGGCAGUGAGAUUUGGGUUUGUACACAUCGUGAACAACGGCUACACAGAAUGGAAAUCGUAUGCCAUCGGAGGUGGUGACAGCGCCACCAUCAUCAGCCAGGGAAACCGGUUCCUCGCUGCCAAUGGUGCAUGCAAGGAGGUCACAAAACGAGAGCAAGUCCCAGAAUGCGUAUGGCGUAAAUGGACAUGGAGGAGUGAGGGGGAUUUGUUGCUGAACGGUGCGUAUUUCCGGCAAUCAGGAAACCCAAAUUGGGCUAAAACAUACAAGGGUUACCCAUUGAUUCCGGCGCAACCCGCGGAAAGUGUGCCCCUCCUUACAAAAUUUGUCGGUGCUUCACUAAACUGUAAGGCGGGGGUCCCUUGUUAGUCAUGA